AUGGAAACAUGGGGUGGAAGAAUAAAGUGUAAGAUGCAUGAUUUGGUGCAUGAUCUUUCCCGGUCCAUUUUGGGUGAUGAGAUUUCACUUGCCGUGUCAGAGAAGGCAACCAAUUGCACAAAGAUCUGCAGAUAUUUUUCUAUAAUGGAACACACAAGACAUCUUCCGCCCAAAAAUACAUUUCAAAAGGCACGUGCUAUGUAUAUUGCUGAAAAUGAUGAUUUCAUAUUUGGCAAGGCAUCGAAGAAUGCAAAACACUUGUGCAGUAUCAGUGUGAAAGAUGUGCAUACAUCAGCACUCAGAGCCAUACUAGAGACCAAAAAUUUAAGGUACCUUAACAUUUUAGGACUGAAAUAUGAAACACUUCCUGAGGUUAUUUCAGACAUUUGGAGUCUGCAAGCUCUUCAUGUAAUAUCAAGUGACCUUGUCAUGUUACCUGAAUCCAUUGGUAAGCUGCAGAAGUUGAGAGUGAUCAACUUGUCAUAUAGUUUGAGGCUAACAGGUUUGCUAGAUUCCAUUGGCAACUGUGUCAUGAUUUCUCGCAUACACCUUUUUCGUUGUCACAAUGUUGCUGCUUUACCAAGCUCUAUCGGCAGGAAUAAAAGGCUAAGAGUAUUGAGACUAGGCAAUACCAAACUUGAGAGGCUACCAUCAAGUAUCACGGCACUAGAAAACCUAGAGUGUUUGGACCUUCAAUGCUGUUUUGAGCUGGAAGAGUUGCCUAAAGGCAUAGGGAAAUUGAAGAAGCUUGUUGUUCUGAACCUGCAAGGAUGUGAAAAGUUACUAGCCAUUCCAAAAGGGAUCGGGCAGCUUACUCGACUUGAAACGCUAGGACUAUUUGUUAUGGGAGAGGAUGCUGUAAAUUAUUCACAAAUCCCAGAGCUUGAAAACGUUAAUAAGAUUAGCGGGGAACUAACUAUCCGUGGUAUUGCACGUUGUAUGGAGCCAGAUGUUGCACACAAGGAAUGCUUGAAGCAGAAGACAAACUUACAAAGCCUGAGACUAAUUUAUGCAAGUAAUGUGGGGGUGAACUCUGAAAAUAAGCUGGAAGGGUUGGAACCACCGCCUGGAAUUAAAAUCCUAAAAAUUGUCCGGUAUUCAGAGUGGAUUAAAGGCCUCACCGCUCUACAGACACUGGAGAUCUCUAGCUGCCCUGAUCUGGAGAGGCGCUGCGAGAGGAGGAAGGGGAAGGACUGGCAUCUCACCUCCCACAUCCCUCAUCUGUUGAUUGGGCAAUCGGAUGCCCGUCAUCAUUUCAUCUGGUACACCAGGCGUAUUUGUAUUGAUUCAUUUGACCGUGGAGGCCCAAUGAAAUCUUCGGGGCAUCAUUAUGCAGCCAUAAAACAGUGGGUGAAGAAGCAUAUGAAAAACUUGAGGCUAUGUGAUGGAUCAAAUUGUGAUGUCUUUGAUGAGGGAGGAGCUGAGCCGAUGAUCGGAGUGGGCGGUGGGCAGGGCAGCCGGGCAGGAACGGGAGGCGGCGUGCUCAUGCUGUGA